AUGCCCUUGAUCUGCAUCUCCCGGCCGACGCCGACGACCGCCGCUGGGACCCUUCGGCUGCUGCAAUCCUGGGUGAGCUCCCUCUCCGCUCCGGCAGCGUGCUUCGCCUCUCUUCUGCAGGAAUGCAGGUCCCUCCGCCGUGCCCGGAGCAUUCACCAGCAGCUCCUCUCUGGCGGCGCCGCCGUCCCCCCCGCACCGCCGCGCCUGGCUGUCCCGCUCGUGGCCGCCUACGCCGCCUGCGGCGCCCUCGCAGACGCCCUCAGGACCCUGGAGAGCCUCUGUCCUCAGUCGACCUUCUGCUGGAACCUGCUCAUCAAGCAUGAGGCCUGCCGGGGGCUGCCCUUCCGCGCCUUCUCCCUCUGCGCCCGCAUGCGCCGGCACGGCACUCCCCCCGACGGCUUCACCUUUCCCUACAUCCUCAAGGCCUGCAGCGAGCUCCGUUCCCUCCUUCGGGGAGCCUCCGUCCACGCCGUCGUGUGCAGAGAAGGCUUCGUGUCGAACGUCUUCGCCUGCAACGCCCUGGUCGCCAUGUACGGUCGAUGCGGCGCCCCGGAGAACGCCCGCCGCAUGUUCGACGAAAUGCUCCAGCUGGGAAUCGAAGACGUGGUGUCUUGGAAUUCCAUGGUGGCGAGCCACACGCAGAACGGGGAGCUCGCCCUCGCCCUGGAGACCUUCGGGCAGAUGAGAUCUUCUCUGGCCAGACCGUGCUCCCCCGACGAGGUCAGCCUCGUCAACAUCCUACCGGCUUGCGCUUCCAUGGGGGCAUCCUCUCAGGGCAAGCAGGUACAUGGAUUCGCCUACCGAAGGGGUCUUUUCUCUGAUCUGUUCGUAGGCAACGCCAUCGUAGAUCUGUACGCCAAGUGUGGGAUGAUGAGGGACGCCCUCGGGGUGUUCGAGCGCAUGGAGGUCAAGGACGUCGUAUCCUGGAACGCCAUGGUCACCGGGUACUCGCAGAACGGGGACUUCGACGGCGCUCUCAGGCUGUUCGAGGAGAUGAACCGGGAGAAGGUCACCCUGAACGUGGUGACAUGGAGCGCCGUGAUCGCGGGGUACGCACAGAGGGGCCACGGCCACGAGGCGCUCGGAGUCUUCCGCCGGAUGCAGGCGUCUGGUUCGGAGCCGAACGCGAUCACCAUCAUCUCCAUCCUCUCCGCCUGCGCCUCUGUUGGAGCUCUGGCCCAGGGCAUGGAGCUCCACGCCCACGCCCUCAGGAGAUGCCUCAUGACGUGGGGCAGCGUCGGCGGCGGCGCCGAGGAGGAUCUCAUGGUGCUGAACGCCCUCGCUGACAUGUACUGCAAAUGCAAGAGCUUCGACCGCGCCCGUGCCAUGUUCGAUCAGGUGCCAGCGAGGGAGAGGAACGUGGUCACCUGGACUGUGAUGAUCGGCGGCUACGCUCAGCACGGAGAUGCCAACGCCGCUCUCGAGCUCUUCUCCCAGAUGGUUCGUCAGGAGAAGCCCGUCUCCCCCAACGCCUUCACCAUCUCCUGCGUGCUCAUGGCCUCCGCCCGUCUAGCAGCUCUCCACGUCGGGAUGCAAGUCCACGCCUACGUCGUCCGCCGCAGGUUCGAGGCCACGAUGUUGCACGUAGCCAACUGCCUCAUCGACAUGUACUCCAAGUGCGGCGACGUCGACGCCGCGCACGGCGUGUUCGGCGAAAUGCCGGAGAGAAACGGCGUGUCGUGGGCCUCCUUGAUGUCCGGCUACGGCGCACACGGCCGAGGCGGAGACGUACUCCGCAUCUUUGCCCAGAUGCUGGAAGCAGGUUUGGAACCCGACGGCGUCGUCUUCCUCAUCCUCCUUUAUGCCUGCAGCCACUCGGGGAUGGUCGAGCAGGGGCUGGCGUACUUCCGCGGGAUGGCCGGCGAGUUCGGCGUGGCCGCCGGGCCGGAGCACUACGCCUGCAUGGUCGACAUCCUGGGCCGCGCCGGCCGCCUGGAUGACGCCGAGAAGCUGAUCGACGAAAUGCCGAUGAAGCCCACGCCGGUGGUGUGGGUGGCCCUGCUCAGCGCCUGCCGGCUCCACGCCGACCUGCGACUCGCCGAGCGCGCCUCCGGCGAACUAUCCCAGCUCGGCUUCGACUACGACGGGUCGUACACCCUCCUCUCCAACAUCUAUGCCAAGGCCGGGCGAUGGCAGGACGUCGCCAGGGUCCGAGGCCUGAUGCGGAAGAUGGGCGUCAAGAAGAGGCCGGGUUGCAGCUGGGUACAGGGGAGGAAAGGCGCCACCACCUUCUACGUCGGCGACCGCACGCACCCGCAGUCUGCUCAGAUCUACGCGCUACUAUCCUCGCUCAUCCAGCGGAUCAAGGUCCUCGGGUACACGCCUCAGACGGGCUUCGCCUUGCACGACGUGGACGAGGAGGAGAAGACCUCCCUGCUCAUGGAGCACAGCGAGAAGCUGGCCCUCGCCUUCGGCAUCCUCACCUCGCUGCCGGGGGCGCCCAUACGCAUCACCAAGAACCUGCGCGUCUGCGGGGACUGCCACAGCGCGAUGGGCUUCAUCUCCCGGGUCGUCGAGCACGAGAUCAUACUGAGGGAUUCCAGCCGCUUCCAUCGCUUCAAGGACGGUUCCUGCUCCUGCGGGGGCUACUGGUGA